GGCAGAGAAGUUGACCAGGUGCGGCGCCGGGCGCGGGUCCUGGUAGGGCCUCCUAGCCUUGCCAAGAGCCUGCCUCACAGCUGCCCAGAGCUCGCAUCAAAAGCCAGGACAUUCAGAGAAGCUGGGACCGUAUUCUCUUAUCAACGGACUCAGACUUCGCGCAAGAAUUCUGCAUCGGGCCGGGCGGAGCUUUGCGGGGCGGGGCCACAUCCUUUAGUAGUUUUGCCCAAGGCGUGGCCAAGGGCGGUGCUCCCGCCGGUGGGUGUCUACGGGAUUGCGUACCGGUGCGAGGGGCGGAGCUAAAGGGAAAUUGACUGUUCUCUGGGAUUACGUAAAGAAACGUGAGCGAAGGCGGGAAAUUCCGCGAUAGCGGGCUGGCGGGGGAGGAGGGCGGAGCUCCAGUAGGAACUGGGCGGGACUCAGCAAAGGCGGAGCUAGGGUGCAGGAAGUGCUUGCGAGGUGCGUGCAGGGAAGUGGCUCCUGGGCAUGCUCAGCUGGGCUCGCACGUGGAGGCUCCCGUGUGGGGGGCUCCAGCUCUCCAGAACUAGCUUGUCCGCGGUGCCUGUCGCACCCAGCAGCAGCGGCCGAGGCGGUGCUGAGCCGAGGCCGGUGCCGCUUUCCUACAAGCUUCUGGAUGGAGACGCGGGCCGCCCAGCCCUCGUGUUUCUGCAUGGGCUCUUCGGCUGCAAAACCAACUUCAACUCGAUCGCCCAGGCCCUGGCCAGACAGACAGGCCGGAGGGUGCUGACAGUGGAUGCUCGUAACCAUGGUGACAGCCCCCACAGCCCAGACAUGAGCUAUGAGGCCAUGAGCCAGGAUCUACAGGACCUCCUGCCCCAGCUGGGCCUAGUGCCCUGUGUCCUUAUUGGCCACAGCAUGGGAGGCAAGACAGCCAUGCUGCUGGCACUACAGAGGCCAGAGCUGGUGGAACGUCUGGUUGCUGUGGACAUCAGCCCAGUGGAGACCACAUCCAGCGCAGACUUUCCAGCCUACAUGGCAGCUAUGAAGGCCAUAGACAUCCCACACGAGGUGUCCCGCUCCUGUGCCCGCAAACUGGCCGAUAAACAGCUCAGCCCUCUUAUCCAGGACCUGGCUCUGCGGCAGUUCCUGCUCACUAACCUGGUGGAGGCAGACGGGCGCUUUGUGUGGAGGGUGAACUUGGAUGCUUUGGCCCAGCAUGUGGACAAGAUCUUGGCCUUUCCAUCACAACAAGACUCCUACCCUGGGCCAACCCUCUUCCUCCUUGGUGAAAACUCUAAAAUUGUGCGGUAAGCCAGGCUGGGUGUCCCAGCCACCAUCCUGAGAUGAGGCGACUCUUCCCUCAAGCCCAGAUGCAGACUGUGCCUAAUGCUGGCCACUGGAUCCAUGCCGACUGCCCACAGGACUUCAUGGCUGCCAUCC